UUGAUUGUAUCGAGCAGAGUGCAUGCUCACAUUUAUAUCAGUGGUUCUCAAUAGUGUUGAUAAAAUAAUAAUAGUAAUAAUAAAAUAUAUAAACUUUAAAACCAUAGCUAUUUAGACACUUGAACUGCGCUGUUAGUUUACUUAUCAACUGAUAGGUGACAGAAUGAUGGAAAGUCCGGUGUUGAAUGGAGCCAAGACCAAUGGAGACGCGUUAUAUGGAUUAGAACACGAGGCGGACAAUGACAGCACUAAUAUUGGGGACAAUAAUGACCAGCGCGAACAAAGCGAAAGUCCAGUUUUCGAUGUACCAGGCGCAGCAACUGGUGCUGGAAAUUUAAGGACGCAGUCAGAACUUCCGAAUGAAAUAUCCGCGCCUUAUGAAGUUCCGCAGUUUCCCAUUGAGCAGAUUGAGAAAAAAUUACUAAUUCAGCGGCAACUAACUGUCAAAGCAGCUAAAGAUCUUGAAGAACGUCGUAGUCACUAUGAACCUUCACUAGGACCUGCUGCUGACGACAAUGACUACCCAUUUAAUCUCGAAGAAAAUGACUUUGUCCCCCACUUCCAGAGAGUUUCCAUUUCAGGCGAAGACACAUCAGGAGUACCGCUUGAGGAUUUGCAAAGAGCGUCGCAGAUGCUGGUGCAGGCGUUGUACAUCAGGGAGAAAUAUAUGAUCAAUUCAAACCAGACUUUUCCGUCUAUCGCAUCGAGAUUCCUGAGAAAUGUUGACAAGAAACCGCUGAACAGCGCGGAGUUAUUUCAGCAUGAAGACCGCAUGCCUAUUGCAGACCACCCUGUCCAUGCGCCAGCAUCAAGAGGCGACCCGUGGGACUGCGAGUUCCCGCCGUCGAAGAAUUACAAAAUUUCCCCGGUCAAUGGAGUCUUCAAUGUGUAUGCUAACGACGAGGACCUCGCUAAUGGGAAACCUCAGCCUUACCCGUAUCCAGAUCUCGCGACCUUCGUGGGCGACAUGAAUUUGUUGUGCUCUAUGAUCGCCGAUGGUCCGCUUAAAUCAUUUUGCUACAGGCGCUUGAGUUACUUGUCUUCGAAAUUUCAAUUACAUGUUUUACUUAAUGAGUUACGUGAACUUGCAAGUCAGAAGGCUGUUCCGCACAGAGAUUUUUAUAAUAUUAGAAAGGUUGACACACAUAUUCAUGCAGCAUCCUGUAUGAACCAGAAACAUUUACUACGUUUUAUAAAGAAGACACUGAAAAAUCAUGCUGACGAAGUGGUGACUUGUUCAAAGAGCGGGGAAAUGAUGACACUUGCCCAAGUAUUUGAGUCCAUGAAUCUCACUACUUAUGAUCUCAGCGUUGAUAUGCUGGACGUUCACGCAGAUAGAAAUACCUUCCACCGAUUCGACAAAUUUAACGCCAAGUAUAAUCCAAUUGGUGAGAGCCGUCUGCGCGAAGUAUUUCUCAAGACCGACAAUUACCUCGAUGGAAAAUACUUUGCAAGAAUUAUUAAAGAAGUAGCCAGCGACCUUGAAGAGUCAAAGUACCAGAAUGCUGAACUGAGGUUGUCUAUUUACGGUAAAAGUUCUGACGAGUGGGAUAAGCUCGCUAAUUGGGCGAUCAAAGGUGACGUCUAUUCAGACAAUGUUCGUUGGCUUAUUCAAAUUCCGAGACUCUAUGACAUAUUUAAAUUAAACAAGUUGAUGUGUAACUUCCAACAAAUAAUCAACAACAUUUUCUUGCCCUUAUUCGAAGUAACAAAUGAUCCUUCGACCCACCCCGACCUCCACAAAUUCCUGCAAUACGUAAUCGGAUUUGAUUCCGUUGACGACGAGAGUAAACCCGAAAAUCCACUCUUCGAUAAAGACGUAUCGCCUCCUCAGGAAUGGAAUGACAUUGAAAAUCCUCCCUAUGGGUACUAUCAGUAUUACACAUACGCCAAUAUGACAGUUCUCAAUCACUUCCGAGCUGAACGAGGGCUCAAUACAUUCGUACUGCGGCCUCACUGCGGCGAGGCGGGUCCAAUCCAGCACCUCGUCUGCGGAUUCAUGAUGGCAGAAAAUAUAUCACACGGUCUACUGCUCCGUAAAGUCCCAGUGCUCCAGUAUCUUUACUACCUUGCGCAGAUUGGAAUCGCAAUGUCACCUCUGAGCAAUAAUUCCCUCUUUCUAAAUUACCACCGUAACCCUCUGCCAGAAUAUCUCGCACGAGGACUCUGUGUCAGUCUUUCUACAGACGAUCCUCUGCAAUUUCACUUCACAAAGGAACCUCUUAUGGAGGAGUACAGCAUCGCUGCGCAAGUCUGGAAACUGAGUUCUUGCGACAUGUGUGAGCUUGCCAGAAACUCUGUUAUAAUGAGCGGUUUCCCUCACAAGAGCAAGCAGUACUGGCUGGGACCAAACUACACCAAGGAAGGAGUCGCUGGGAAUGACAUCACGAGGACAAAUGUACCCGAUAUCCGGGUCGCCUAUCGCUACGAAACUCUCGUCGAUGAACUUUCCAAUAUCUUUAAAGUUGUUGAAAAGCCUGACAGUUUUUAGUACGCCUCAGUAACUCCCUCGUAAAUUUAACCCAUUUUCUUUUCUUUCGAAAUACUUUUUCCCGCUGCAGAGCCUCUGAGGCCCCAGAAAAUUGAAUCAUCAUUCACGUCAAAGUUUCUCUGAUGUCAGAUAGUCGAUGUACGUUUUUUUUUUAUUUCAUCCGCAAACAAAAAGAAAAAAAAUAUAAAUAAGGACUCGAAUCCAUCGAACGCAAUUACAGUCAACCCAACGAAGCGAUGGCCUUUUUAUCUGAAUCGUUAUAAAAUUUAAUAUCAAUUAUUAAAAGUCAAUUCUAAUAGACCUCUUGGCAUUAAUAUUUACUACUAUUAUUAAAUUAAUACUUGGGUAAUUUAUAAACUUGAUAAAAAUAUAUUUACGUUUGAUCAAAGACCAAUCAAUGAGUGCCGUAGACAGUUGAUAGAAAUAAAUAUUUUUUUUUUAGUUUAAUAAUUCAUUGUUAUAAAAAUAAUAAUUUUUAUCAUUAAGGUUAGAGAAAAUUUUCGACUUCAAAGAGAAUGAAAAUAUAUAAAAUUUGCUUUUCUACUUCAGACCUAAAAAAAAAAAUAAAUGAAUAUUCGCUAGUGCCAGAGUUUUUAAAUUCAACUCAACUCUUUAAUCUUUUUGUUAUAUUUUUGUACAUUUUUUACUGCAUUAAUGCGUAAUGUUUGGUUGUGUUUUUCUAUAUAAACAUAAAAAUGAAAAAAAAUAAUACUUAACAAUUAAAUUAAAUUUUUACAUAUUAAUUAUUAAUCAAUAACGCAGUGACGUCGCGGUUUUCAUUAAUAUUCUUAUCCCAACGAGUUGUCCCGGUGAACGAGACGCGACUGUUUUAUGAAAAGUAUCCGUCGAAAUUAUGUGUUAGCAUAUAUAUGUUAAUUAAGAGAGGAAUGUAUUUAUUGUAUAAAGUAUAUUCUAGCUAAAAAAUAUAUAAAUAUAUGUAUGUUCGAAUUUGAA